GCGCGGCGCGGCGAGGCGAAGGGAGCCGGGUGCCAUGUCUGCCAUGUUCGCCGCGCCGUGGGGAUCCUGCGCCGUGGCGGGGGGCGACGAGGAAAGCGACAGCGACGAGGACGGUUGGGAUAUCGGCGGCGUGCGGCGUGAGCCGCAGCAGUUGGAUCAAAUGCUGGAGGCGGACAAGAAGGAAGCGUUAAAGCAAGCUCUGUUUUGUGGUGAUGUGUCAUUAAUUGAAGAACUCUUAAACUCAGGUAUAAGCAUAGAGUCUGGCUUUCAGUUUGGAUGGACUCCCCUGAUGUGUGCUGCCAGUGUGGCUGAUUUUGCAGUAGUGCGUCUUCUUCUGGACAGAGGUGCUAAUGCAUGUUUUGAAAUAGAUAAGUACACUGUGCUGAUGGCAGCAUGUACUGCGCAUGCUUCAGAAGAAGACAUCUUGAAGACUGUAGAACUGCUUCUCUCCAGGAAUGCUGACCCUAAUCUUACUUGCAGGAGACAAAUGACUCCGCUGAUGUAUGCAGCUAAGAAAGGCUAUGCUCAGGUUACUGCUCUUCUUGUUGCUCAUGGAUCACACAUAAAUGCCCAAGAUGAAAAUGGAUAUUCAGCAUUAAUAUGGGCAGCACAGCAUGGACAUAAGAGUGUAAUUUUUAAGUUGCUUGAGCUUGGAGCUGACAAAAAUCUACUGACUAAGGAUGAGAAAACAGCAGCAGAGAUAGCAAAAAUUAAUAAACACUCAGAGAUUUAUAGUUUACUCUCUUUGGCUGCAAAUCACUUGCAAGGGAGAUACCAUGAAACGAUUACGCAAGAGGCUAUCUACAAAUUUCUGACAGCUGUCCCUGACCUCAGAGUUGGUUCAUAUUCAACUUUUGAUGACAUGGAAGUGUUCUUACAUGGUCUUGGUCUAGAACACAUAAUAGGAUUGUUGAAGGAAAGAGAGAUAGAUUUAAGACAACUUCUGGUCAUGCAAAAAGAUGAGUUAAUACAGAUUGGCAUUACAAAUCCUGGAGAUCAACAGAAACUCCUAGAGGCUAUUAAUGAGCUACAAGUGGGAGAAACAAGAAUUGAAGACCUCCCUGAAGUGAUGAAGCUGGAAUUCAGUGGAGAUGAAUUCCUCAAGUUUCUUCAGAAGUUGAAUAAAGACUGUGGUAAGCUGACCGUUCUUGUGCAGGCCGUGAAUAAGCAUUUCCACAAAAACUCCCAUGAGAUAGUACUGCAGUGGGCAACGACUGAAAGUUUUAUUGAAGUCUGCAAAGACUUAGCUCGCAAUGUUGAAAAACUGGGAGAAGAAGUUACCAAACUGAAGGACCUGGUGGAGAAGCAUGAUCAGAAGAAUGACCACAGCCAAGUGCAACUUCCAGAAAAAGCACCCACCUUGGGAAAAAGAUUAGUAAAAAUGGGAGUGGUAACAUUGCUUGGACUUGGUUUUUUCUUCUUUAUAACUAAGUUAGGAGCAAAGAAAACCUGACUUUAAGUUCAGUUCUAUGAAUAAUUUUGGAAAACUUGGUCACAUUAUGCUUCUGUUCAGUAUAUGCAGCUGAGCUGAAGUCAUGUGAAAAUUUGUGUAGUUUCUCAUCAUACCGGUAGCAUUUGCAUCCACUUUGAUCUAGCAAUAAAGUUAUUAAAAAUUAAAACUGCUACAUAAAUGUAUCUUAAGGUUCUAUCUUCAAAAUUAUUUCUGAUGUAGACUGUAGGUCUAAAAUCUUGUCAAAGCAGCUUUUUUUUUGCAUAAAGCUUACUAAUUUGGCAUUAUUGCUUACUAAUUACUGGUUUCAUUUUUACCUUUAGCUGUUGUUCAGAGGAGAACAUAAGAAAAUAACUCUGAUUAUAUCACAUGUUUGUAUUUAAAAUUGUGAUGUAAAUGUGUUUUGAGGAUUGGGAGGGUUUAAAAUAUUUUAAGUAUCUCAUGCAAUUUUAUGUUGAUAAAGAUCUUUUCUCUUGCAGUUUUUCAUACGAAUCUAUCAUAUGAAAAACUUCCCGGUGAGGUGUACUUUUCUUUCUUUGUCACAAUCACAGGACUGUGGAGAUCUUGUUACACAUUGCCUGAAAAGUCAUUUCCCACUGAACUAUGAUAUUCAAAUUAUGCCUGAAAUCUGUUUCCUCAGGGAUACUUACUUCUAUUAAGAGUUUCAUCACAUCUAUUAAAAGGAUUAUAGCAGUCCUUGGCUAUAAUAACGCAAGCAUA